GACGAUAUUUAAUGCAUGGAAACACUGUGAAAAUUUUUUACUUGUUUUCGCUUCUACCGAAACAGCUGUGAGAGGGUUGUACUUGUCUGUGGUCAACCCCUUGUCGAAGUCUUCUGGAGAAUACAAGUACUAAUCUGCCACUGCAAUCAAACAUAGGUAUUUCGCAUUAGAACCACAUUUCGUAAAUUUGGAGUUUUGAUUCAUUCCUGGCAACAAGCAAAAGAAGUCAGAUCAGGAAACCAGGUCAGGGUGUCAGAUCAACCAGGUCUAGAUGGCCACUGUCGUUCCACAGAUAUCUCCUGCAAGUGUACCUUCUCGUUUUGAGAAACCAACGCUUUUUGAUGUUCCCAUUUCAAACAACGGAGGACGGUGUCGCUUUGUGAUCUACAAGAAAAACAUUGAGCGCCUGGUUGCCAUUGAGUCUCCCAAAGUGCUGGGAGGCUUGAAGUCAGAAGCCUACCUUGCACUCAACCCCCAAGGCCUGAUGCCCUUGUUGGCAUUGCCUGAUGGCACAUCGUUGCCAGAGAGUCAGGUGAUUGCUGCUUACUUGGCAGACAAAUACAGAGACGAGGGUGCAUCCUUCGACCUGCCCACGCCAGAGCUGCGCGCGAAGGACAUGCUUGUUCAGCGAAUCCACGACCAGUACAUUGCCCCAAUCCAGGGUGCCAUGUACAAGGACAUGGAGGUAGCGCAGCGUGCCAAGGCCAUAGAGAGGCUGGCAUUCCAGCUGGAUGUCCUGAACGGGCUCGUCAAGGGCCCCUACGUUGGUGGGGACCAUCUGGGCCUGGCCGAUGCAGCCCUCUUCCCCACGCUCACCUUCAUGCGCUUCAUUCUGCCGCAGUUCUUUGGCUGGGAGGACCUCUUUGUGCAUCGGCAGCAGCUGGGCCAUUACUGGGCUGCCAUAGAGGCGGACCCCGUUGGUGCCAAGGUCAUCAACGAAAUUGAGAGCGGCCUGGAGAGCUGGAAGGAGGCUGGGCGCUGGGAAGAGCGCGGCAUUAUGGAUCAAGUGGCUCAGAAAGACUACAGAUGGUCCUUCUAAGCCAUUAAUUAUUUCACUCUUUUGUGCGCAAAAGUAGUGGGCAAGAACUGGUAUGCAGAGACAAUCAAUUAGCUAAUUUUAGACUUCCAUCCAUAGCUGGUGCUGUUGCAAGCACUGCUACUCCAGAAUAUUGUAGAUGAUUGUAGAGGGAAUGCACCAAUGGAAGCACCGUACAGUUCUUGAGUUCAGAACUAAGAGCGUGCCUUGUGCAAGCUCUCGUGUGUCUGGACAACUGCACACCUGGAACAACGCUGUGUCUCUUACGCAUGUAAUUACAUAUGGG